GGCGCCGGAGACGGCGACGGCAUCGCCCGGUGCGCUCCCGUGCCGUCGAUGACCGCCGAGCAGGCGUGCAGAGCGGUGUGCGGCACGGCGCGAAUGUUCAGGCUAUGCCUCCGCGCGCUCCUGCCGCGCGAUGCCGACCACCGCGGCGACCGUCGCCCGGACGCCGUCACCCUGUUCGUCGGUUCGGCCGCGCGCGGCGCGCUCGACGCCUACGCCGCCACGGCGGCGGCCAAGCGGGCGAUGCAGUACAGCGGCGCGCUGCCGGCGGACGAGAGGACGGCGCACGAGUGGUGCAUGGCCGGGUACGACCUCGCCGUCCGCUUCAUGGGCCGCGUCGCCGACGACCUGGCGAGCUGCGAGGCGGCGGCGCGCCUGAAGGACGACGUCGCCGGCAGCCUGAGCGGCAUGGACGCGUGCAGGAGGAGGCUGUUCGUCUACCCGGCGUCGCCGCUGUACGGCCGGAACCUCGCCGACCGGAACAAGACCAUGCUCGUCGGCCUACUCUCCAACCUCGUGCCCAAGCCGCCGGAGAGCUAGACGACGCCAUUGUUGAUAGCUUCCAUCGAUGAAAAAAAUAAAAAUGCAAUGGCUUUCAUCGAUCCAAUCGAAUUAAUUAAUGCGCCGGCCAUGAAA